UAAAAUGUGCAAGACAAGUUUAAUGCUAUUGUUUCUGCUGUCGAUAGUCCAUACAACAACAGGUGCCGAUUAUUUGGACAUUACUGAAGUAAGACUUGUAGAUGGCUAUGGUAAAUUUAGCGGACGUGUUGAGAUCAAGGUUGACGGUGUUUGGGGAACAAUCUGUGAUAACGCUUUUGACAUGAACGACGCCAAAGUCAUUUGCAAAUCACUGAAUCUGACAGCAACAUCAUUCUUUACGGGAGCACACUAUGGGCUAGGUAAAGGUCCAGUAUUUGCUCAAAGGUUUCAUUGCUAUGGACAUGAAAGUCACCUGAGAGGUUGUGGCUUCGACCCAAAUACUUUUUGUUCUCAUUCACGGGAUAUUGGGGUAAUCUGCACAGAAUGUGGAGAAAUCGACAUCAAAAAUGGAAUCAUUGAGUCAAUAUCAUCAAAUGGUUCGGUUCUUACAACCUCUUGUGUAACUGACUACCAGACAAACAUGCACACAAGUAUAUGCCAAACUAAUGGAACAUGGUCAAACGACAUUACGUGUGCAACAAUUGGGUAUCCACUGAACAUUACUGACAUACGGCUUGUCAACGGUAUAGGUCUAACUGAUGGUAUCGUUGAGCUCAAGGUGAAUGGUACUUGGGGACAGAUUUGUCGUAACAACUUCAAUAGUAUCGAUGCAAAAGUGAUAUGCAAAAUGCUUGGAUUUAACUACUGGCUUUACGAUUCUUCGUCCAAAAUCACUUCAAAUCCUUAUCAUUUAGACAAACUUGAAUGUAUAGGAACGGAGGAUCACAUAAACGAAUGUUUAUACGAUGUUCGCCAGACGUGUUCGAGUAGCUAUCCAACUGUCGUUGAGUGUAAAUAUCCAUAUAAUAUAACAGAUGUUAGGCUUGUCGGGGGAACAGGUCCAUAUGACGGUCGUGUUGAAGUCAAGAUAAACGAUGGCUGGGGAACUGUUUGCAGUAGAUACAUCGGAUCAUAUGACGCUGACACUUUAUGUAAAUCAAUGGAUUUAAAAUUAACUAGCUACUUUUCCUAUUCUUCUGUUUACGGACAAGGAACGGGAGCUAUAUAUAUAGGUGAUAUGGGGUGCUCCGCUACAAAAACUCAUGUAAAUCAGUGUAGUUUUGUGCCUCCAAGACGACGCUAUUGCUCUCACAGUCGUGAUAUGUCGUUAGUGUGUACACCUUGUGGUAAACCGACAAUACAAUAUGGAUCUUUUUCUUCUUUCAAUGGUACUGUACUGACUGCAAAGUGCGACGUUGGAUAUCAACCAGAAACAAUAACAUUUGAUUGUCAUGAAAAUGGGACUUGGUUGCAAACUGACAAAUGCUCAUCAAAAUACUCUUAUCCGUUAGAAAUAAGAGAUUUGAAGCUUGUUAACAGCUAUGGUCAUCACGAAGGUCGUGUAGAGAUACAGGUUGAUGGUAUUUGGGGAACCAUAUGUAGCAACAACUUUACCAUAACAGAGGCUAACGUCAUAUGUCACAUGCUCGGAUUAGAAGCAAGUCAUAUUAACACAGAUACUUGGGGCGACGGCCCGGUUUUUAUUACAAAUCUUCAAUGCAAUGGAAAUGAAUCACAAAUCAACAACUGUUCUUACAAUGUAGAUAAUAAUUGCUUGUACACACAAAGUGCAGGAGUCCACUGUACAGGAUACCAACUGAAUGUAACUGGAUGGCGACUAGCCGGUACAAAUGGGCCAUAUCAUGGUAGAGUUGAAUUAGAAGUAAAUGGCACAUGGGGAACGAUCUGUUCAUCAUGGUUCUACAAUGAUAAUUUAGGAACUGUAAUAUGCAAUAUGUUUGGAUUACGGUAA